UUUUCCGAUUAGCUGUGUCACGUAAUUGUUACGCCACUGCGUACGUAACACUUGACAGCUAAAUGACAACCUAACCUUUGUAUCUUCACCCAAAAAUCGUGCAAAUCAGUAAUUCGGCACUUUUGACGCGAAAAUGUUGUACCAAACCCCUGCAAAUCGCCGCAUUAACACUUUAUUUCGCAUUCUGACCCGUGCCAACCCCAUUUGGGGCCACAACGUGCGCGCCUAUGUCUCGCAAGAUUCCGUUUCAAUUGGUGGAGUUACAAAGGUUGUAACGGAGGCGAAACGGCCCGAAUACGUCCCUUGUAACUACUAUAGGGAUGGCUUAGGGCAAACUAGCUUAAACCACCUCAAAUGGAUGAUGCAAAAGGACGUUUUAGGGCAGGAUAUCUUCCUUCUGGGGCCCCCGGGGGCCCUCAAGCGCAACUUAGCGAUGCAAUAUUUAGAAUUAACGAAUCGAGAGCACGAAUAUGUUGCCCUUAGUAGGGACACCACUGAGUCAGAUUUAAAACAACGAAGGGAGAUUGUUAAAGGGACAGCGACGUACUUUGACCAGAGCGCUGUGAGGGCCGCCACUGAAGGGCGAGUUUUAAUCCUUGAAGGUGUCGAAAAAGCGGAACGAAACGUUCUUCCAGUAUUAAAUAACCUACUUGAAAACAGGGAAAUGCAUUUAGAGGACGGGAGAUUGCUCAUUCCUGCCGCCAGAUACGAUAAAUUACGAGAAAAAUAUGGUAGCGAAGAGUUAGAUAAGUGGAAACUGGUGCGAGUGGAUGACAAUUUUCGUGUUAUUGCCUUGGGACUACCUGUGCCUAAGUAUCGGGGAAAUCCAUUGGAUCCGCCCUUAAGGUCGCGGUUUCAAGCCAGGGAUGUGGGGACCAUGAGCUACCAAGAAUGCUACCAAGAGAUGAAAGCUGCCGCCCCCACCGCCCCCGACUCCACAAUCACCAAACUACUCUCAUGCGCCUUCGCCAUCUCAUCAAAAGAAAGCGCCGCUCUGGGAUUCCCGGACUUCCCCCUCGACAAUCUAACCCUAGGUGCAAAAAUCCUAGAAAACAACCCCAAACUACCACCCUACGACCUCUUUUUCCGCCUCUACCCCUACAAACUCUUCCUGAAAGAGCAAACCACCCACUUAGAGUCACUCCUUGAAUCGUUCGACGUCAAACCCCAACCCCAAUCAGUAUUCUCCGCAUUCACCCAAAAAGUGAAAACAUUCCUCGCAACCCCAACCCCAAAAAAAACCUACAUCGAAACCGACUACCAAAACAAACUAAUCGAGGAAAUGCUCCAAAGCGAACAAACCGCAGAUUUCUGCAUUAUCGGCCCGCGCGGCUCCGGUAAAUCCCUGCUAGUGCAACAAGUUGCCAACAUUGCAGGCAAACAAACCGAAAACAUAGUCCUGUACCAGGACAUGACAGCUAGGGACUUGAUCCAACAGCGCACAACACUGGAAAAUGGCGACACUGUCUGGACCCUGUCCCCGUUAGUGUUGGCAGCACUGGAGGGGAAAAUCGCGGUGUUGGACGGAAUCCACCGAAUUCACCCGAGCACACUGUCGUGCCUCCACCGCCUGGUCCAGAACCGCGAACUGCAGCUGCACGACGGCAAACGACUCAUUUCCCACGAGCGCUACCAACUUCUCAAAACCAAAACCACCCCAACCGACGGGGUUUUACCCAUUCACCCCGAUUUCCGCAUUGUCGCAAUCGGGGAACCCCCAAACACCAACACCACCAAUUGGCUAACGCCUGAAGUUCUCAGCCUGUUUCUCUUCCACGAAGUGCGUUCCUUAACCAAACAAGAGGAACUCCACGUUGUUACGUCAAAAUACGGCCCGGUUUCGCCCCAAAUGCACAAAAUCAUCGAGUUGGCACACGUGUUACGUCACAGUGGCGACCAAACUCUCCUAAAUCUAGCAGGCCAUCUGUCAACGCGUCAAAUAUUGAGACUAGCAGCCCGAAUGUCACAAUUCCCGACUACUGAUCUCUAUGAUGUCCUUGAAACCACUUUCAUGGUCAAGUUUUUGCCGUCUUUAGCGCGGGGGGCUUUGGAACGUACUUUUGAGAGGUUGGGUGUGACGCAAGCGGCACGUGACCCGAUUAGUGUCAAAUGUGAGGUGCAAGAUGGCGUCUUGACGAUUGGCGCGUCAUCUGUGCCCGUCCACCAAACGUCGAAUUUGAGUAAAGUCCCCGAAAUUUUAUUCUAUGACGUGCCGCAACAUUUACAACUUAUGGAACGUUUAUUGCAAGAUUUUCAUUUAGGGCAACAUAUUCUCCUAGUGGGGAAUCAAGGUGUGGGGAAAAAUAAAAUAAUUGAUAGGUUUUUGCAAUUGAUGAAUCGCCCUCGUGAGUACAUCCAGCUGCACAGGGACACCACCGUCCAAACAUUGACAGUGCAGCCCACUGUCAAAGAUGGCGUUUUAGUUCAUGAAGACUCGCCACUUGUCAAGGCUGUCAAAAGCGGCCAUGUUUUGGUAGUGGAUGAGGCAGACAAGGCCCCCACCCAUGUCACAUGUAUUCUAAAGACUCUGAUCGAAUCAGGUCAGAUGGUCCUAAGCGAUGGACGUAGGAUUGGUGGCACUUCCCCCCACCACAUCCCCAUCCAUCCCGACUUUAGGGUGGUAGUACUGGCGAACAGGCCCGGCUUCCCGUUCCUUGGCAACGAUUUCUUCGGGGCUUUGGGCGACUUGUUCAGCAGCCAUUCGGUGGAAAAUCCCGAACCGGAGGCCGAAAUCGCCCUUUUGCGCCAGUACGGCCCUGAAGUCCCCCUCGAAACUAUCAAAAAACUUGUCAAAGUUUUCGGGGAAUUACGCAAUAUGGCCGACCAGGGUCUAGUGUCGUAUCCGUACUCCACGCGUGAGGUUGUAAACAUUGUCAAACACUUGAAUCAAUUCCCCAAUUCUGACCUUGAGGAGGUCAUAUUUAACGUGUUCGACUUUGAUCGGUACUCGUCGGAAGUGGUCGAUACCUUGGGGGAAAUACUGGAGAAGCAUGGGUUCACAGGGGGGAAAAACUUGAUGUUGACACCGAAAAAAGUGAAGGAGAGGAUUCAGGUCACUGUGAAUAGGAAAAGUGGGCUCGAUGUGAGCGCCCCCAAGCAUGGGAAGGAGGAUCCGAAGAAUGAGCCCCACGUUGGGGGGAAUACCUGGGCGGGGGGCACCGGGGGGCGGGACACGGCCGGGUUGGGGGGCAAAGGGGGGCCCUAUAGGCUCGAUAAGGGGCACAAGGUACACCAACUCUCCGACGAGGAAAAAAACUCAGUCCCGGAGCACGUGCAAAGGGCGGCUCGUGAAAUGGGGCGCAAGGCGUUCCAGGAAAAAUUAAAAGAAAUCGGAAUGAGUGGUUACGACGCCUCGCUUUACAACCAAUUCUACCAUUCUGUCGAACGUCAAGUCCAGAGUUUGCGCGUGAUUUUGGGGAAUUUACAGGCGAAAAACAAGGAACGCCACUGGACACGUCACCAAACGGCGGGCGAAUUGGACGAUGUCAAACUAAUCGAUGGAUUAUUGGGCGAAAAAACGAUUUUUCGCAGACGUGCUGAGCAGGAGCCCGAACUUGGGGCCCCGCAAAUUAAGCCCAAACUGUUCCGGUUGGUUGUGGACGUCUCUGGGAGUAUGUAUAGGUUCAAUGGUUACGACGGCCGACUUGACCGCGAGCUCGAAGCCGCCGUUUUGGUAAUGGAGGCGUUUCAAGGCUUCGACGAUAAAAUCCAAUACGACAUUAUCGGCCAUUCGGGCGAAGCCCCGUCUAUACCCUUCGUCAAGUUUAAAGAACCGCCAAAAAACAACAAAGAACGCUUGGAUAUAAUCCGAACAAUGCACGCGCAUGCGCAGUAUUGUUGGUCCGGUGAUCACACGCUAGAGGGCGCCGAAUCGGCUAUUAAUUCACUAGCGGAAGAGGAUUGUGACGAGGGAAUUGUUAUUGUUCUGUCUGAUGCUAAUUUAGAACGUUACAGAAUACCACCGUCAAAGUUGGCACAGGUUUUGACCUCCAAACCAAAUAUCAGUGCCUAUGCGAUUUUUAUCGGAGGAUUGGGGGAUCAAGCCGAGAGAUUAACCGAAAAAUUACCAGCCGGACGUGCUUUUAUUUGUCGUGACGUCACACAAUUGCCGCAAAUUUUGAAACAGAUUUUUUCGUCGUCUGUCAUCAAUAUAUGAGGGGAGAUUAGGCACGAAUUAAUUAAUUGUAAAUAAAAAGUAAUAUAUUUUAUUAUUUUAUUUGUUACAA